CGAGAACGACGUCAGCAUAUCUCGUUCUUUCGUUUUUCGCCUGCUGCGUGCGAAGGAGAGGCAGAAAAAAACGGCUCUCAGCAAAGCAACAAGAAGGAAGAGCAAUGGCGACACUGGAUCGCCAAAUACCAAGUCCGGAUACAUUCCUUUGCGAGCCUUGGUCUUCCUUCGUCAGUGCGGCUAAAUUACGUUUUGUUGACUACGCAGACCCGUCCUUGGAUAACAGCGAGAAAGAGCUUUACUGCCUUGGUGAAGCCGUGAAGCUCCGCAGAGAAGAGAUGCUUGUCUACAGCCAGUUCCCAGCACUGGAGGAUUUUUCUCUUGUUGUCUGCCAUGUCUGCAGUAAGGUGGUCACUCCUCAGGGCAUUCUCACACACUAUGGUAGCUGGGGUAUAGUUUCCCUGUGAGACAGACACAGAGACAGUCCUGGACCACACACCCCCACUCCCCCACCCACCCUGAUCCCACAAAGACAUGCAUAGCAAAAACCAGAAGCAGCACAGCUCCCCAGUCCCCUCCAGGAGUCCUUUUUUGGCCAUGAAGCCCAAAGCAUCCACAGUGCCUCCCGCUGUGGCUCCCAGUCCUGGGGAGACACUGGCGUUCAGGAUACCUAAAGAUUACCCUCACUCCCGCUUCAGCAAGGCUCCACUUGCUGUGUACCCGCCCAAGGGGGCGCGGAACAAGACCUGCGUGUCGCUGCCAGUCGUAAGCCUGGAGAAGAUGCCCUGCCUAAGCCGAGGCGACUCAGCGACACACGUGCGCCUCACCUCUUCCUCUUCCUCCCCUUCCUCGCAUAAGCCUUCAUCCCUCACUACCCAGGCCUCCCAGCGAUCGAGCGAAAAGCUCACAAAUGGUCGUGGCAGCAGCGGACCAUCCACGCCGCGAUCCAUCACGCCUCCAUCUUCUCUAGAUAAGCGGCCCAGUCCAGCUCGCUCCCCGCUGGACAGAAGGGCGGCGUCAACGCCGUCUCCCUCCCCGCUGGAUCGGAAAUCCUCCCUGUCACCCUCACCUUCUCACCGAGCUGUUGCUCUCCCAGCUUUGCCAUCAGUGUCACCGUUGGAGAAGAAGCAACAGAAUGGAACUAAGACUCCCUCCAGGAGUCACAAAAGACUUUCAGGGAGAGUGUUUGAUCCCAACAAGCACUGCGGAGUGCAGGACCCCGAGACCAAACGACCCUGCACACGGUCUCUCACCUGCAAGACUCACUCUUUAACCCACCGGCGGGCUGUCCCUGGCCGAAGGAAACAUUUUGACAUCCUCCUGGCUGAACACAAGGGGCGGGCGAAGGAGAAGGAUGGAGUGAAAGAAAAGGAUAAGGACAAGGACGGAGCGCAGGGAGGGAAGGAAGGCUCCAGCCAGAGUAUUAUAUCUAAAGAGAGCUCGUCUCCCAGCAAGUCUCACUGCCCCAAUGGACGACCUCUCUCCACAUUGAAGCUGCGGCUGGCAAAUGCACACAUACCAAGGGUUCCAGGAGGCUCCUCCACUUCCACCUCAGGUCCUCUGCUCACGGUAGCAUCUCCUGUCCAGGCCCCUAACCCAGAACCAGCUCCCCACAGCUGGGUGACCGCUGCUGGAGAAAGCAGUCGACUUUCCAGCGACGAGGGCGAUGCAGAUCCAGAGGAUGCUGACAGACCUGCUGUUCACUACUCCAGUCAUCACCCGCAGCCUUUAGGGUUUUGCGUAUUCAGCAGCAGGCUGAUGGGAAGAGGCCACUAUGUGUUUGACAGGCGAUGGGACAGGAUGAGGCUGGCACUCCAAAACAUGGUGGAGAAACACCUCAACGCCCAGAUGUGGAGGAAGGUGCCUCUGGCUGCUGAGAGCCUCCUCUCCCCAUCUGGUACAUCUUCCAUACCUUCACAUCAAGCCCCUUCUCCCACCUCUUGUCUGCUCAACUCCCUCCCCAACUCCCUCUCGUACACCGCCACGUUUCCUCAGUCUGCAUCCACAGCUGGGGUGUUUAACAUCCGAGACUCCCCGCAACCCCACACCCAAGUCUUCGCGCAGGGCAAAGCCCGUAACGGCACGCAUAAAGCAAGUCGUCCAUCCAAAGACGUGGAGGAACCCGUAGCGGGAACUAAGAAGAGAAAAAAAACGUCCUACUCUUCCUCCUCAUUUUCCUCUUCUUCCUUGUUUCCCACUGUGGAUAAUUACAAAAGGAACGACAGGAGCUUUCAUUCACAGUUACAAAGCUCGGGAGGGACAGCUGCCUCCCCAGCCAAGAAAAAGGGACUUGGUCAUGGGGAUAGCGAACUUUGGGGAAGCUCAGAGGGCUGGCUAUCUAAAGCUGAUGGCCCUCAAAGCCACAUAUCGCAAAACAGUCGUGAACUUGGCAGCACCAGUAUACCCUACUCACCUAACAGGGAACCAACCUCAGCUGCCCACCAACCAAUGGCUCCUCCCACAGGACCCUUAGCUUAUGGGGGAGGAGCAGAAGGGAGGAAGAGGCGAAGUCCCAGCUCCUACAGAGGAAAGGGCAACAAGCUGAGCAGACUGGGUGGGUUAGAUAGCCUCUUUGGGAAUGGAAGCGAUAGCGGGGGGAUACUAGCUUCAGGGCCUGAAUCCCCAAGACAGGCCAAGUUGCAUCACUGACAGAAACCUGUUUAAUGGACAGAAUGUUGGGCAGCUGUUCAGGCCACCACCGUUUGUGACCUUUGACCUCACCGCUCUUCCAGUUCCAGCACCAAUCAGACUGCUUCAUCAUGUCACAUCUGUUUUAUCCAAAAACAGUUCAGUUCACCUGCUGUGACAGCAGGACUCUGAAGUCUUUGCCCACAGUUGGCUGGCAGUGGCUUCCACCACUUAUCCCUCAGUACGGAUCAUUUUGAUGGAAAGCUGCUCCGCGCCGUUGUGGUCUUUACAGAACAGGAUUUCAAAAACCUUUUAUCCUCCUGAUAAGGGAAUUUUAAGGCACUGUUAAUGACACCACCACUGUUGACUUUUGCAGGGGGAUAACCAGAGUUUAUUUUCAGAAAUCUGAGUGGAAAGAUAACUGUGAUUUCUUUGGGGGAGUUUGAUGUUUAAAGGACCUACUGACACGGCUACUGUAGGACUCAGACUUCAGCUAUGCCACCUCAGUGGCUCCACCCCUUUUUUUGUGUUUCUCUAUUUUUUAUUUGUAUUUUUUUUCUUUUCCUUUUGCUUUAAAAAGAGAUGAGCUGGGUUUUAUCCAGCAUUUACCUCUUCUUUAACCUCUUUCUUUCUGUACCAAACAACUUUGUCCAUUUCUCUAUUUACUGUCCCCCUGCCCCCCAAUGCUCCCUGCUCAUCCCAGCAUGCCUGUGUUCAAAGUGCACUUACUGCCCUCAGUUCACCUUCCUUCCUUGUUCGCUGAUUCCAGAGCCAUCUCCAGCAGUGCCACACAAGAACCUGUUCAGACAAGGGAAGAAGAAGACAUCUGUGUUACCAACAACGCCACAUCAAUGCAUUGUAUUUCAAUAUAGGAAGAAGUCAGAUUUAACUUAAGAAUGUUUUUGUAUUUUUUUCCCCUUCGUCCUGGUUUAAACAUUGCAAGAAACUCCUGGACUUGCAUCCAAAAAUGGAAUUAUUGUUAUUAAUGUUAAGGUGUUGGAUGGCGCUUUUUUUGUAUAAUAAUUUAUCAUUCUUUUGUUUUUGUUUUUGACCUUUGAGGGUUUGAGAUUUUUUUUCAGCAAAAAAAAAAAGAUUUCUAUGUCAUUUUGAAGAAAUGUUGAAAGUAUUAUUAUAGUUCAUAUUAUUAAAAAUGUGUACAUAUCUGUUCUUAUUUUUGUAUUUAUUCAUAAUUGUCCCCUUUUCCCAAUUAUGAGGUAGGAGAGAGGGUAUUUUUUAGCUUUCCUGUCUCUUUGUCUCUGUUUAUUAACGAUAAUGAGCUCGGCCUGGUUUCUCAAAACAUUCAAUAAUUAGAUCGUUAGUUAAUAAUCACACAAACCAAUUUGAGCCAUGGCUGCUGUCUAUGUUUACUGUCAUCAAUAGGAAACAAUACAUCCUUUUUCUUUUCUUUUUAAAUUUCUAAUAUUAGUUUUAAAUAAUUAUUGUAGUCUGACAGAAAUCUUGAUCUCUGAAAUUUUAGAACCAUAUCCCACAUGUUGUUUCUCAUACUACAAAUUAUGUGUAUACACUUUAGAUGCAGUACUGUGCAAGCAUUUAAGGCUCUAAAAGGAAAGUGAAGUAGUCUGGUUCUACUGUGUUCUCGUUUAGAUCCUCCUUUGUCCUGUCAGGAGAUAAUAGGCCCGGAGGUCACAAUUAUUUCAUAAUUAUUUCUUACUAUUGCAAGACAAAAGGCUGGUUAGGUUUUGUUUUGUGAAACCAGGCCCUUAUUUGUAUUUUCAUAUAAAGGGGCACCACUUUCCCAAUUUCCUGUGGGUUCACCCUUUUUCAUACUUCCUCCAGUGUUCAAAACUAUAGCUAUAUUUUUAAACUAUCUUUAUCUUCCAAGGCCGGUCGGCCUCAUCUCAGUGCGAUUACGCUUGGUUUGUUGUGUUAUGUCGAGUCAGAACUGGGUCAAAAUGUAUCCGCUUGCUUCACAGCUGCCCAGCUCAAGCUAGGUACCGUUUCUUCUCCGGUAGCUCUGUAGUCAUUCCUUUGAGCCCUCAGUGUCUUUUAUUAGAUGCAGCAUCAGGUGUAAAAAAGCAGUGCUGAUUUAAAAAGACAACACUUACAUUUGAAGGGAAACUAUAUGCUUUUGUUUUCUAUAGCACUGUGUGCCACAGUUUCAAGUGUUACAAAGUUUAACUGAGGAUAUCAAAAAAGUCGAUCAGAAAAUGUGAAGAGAUUUUUCUUAUUUCAAAGGGGAUCUCCUAUGCUUGCUUCCAUUAAUAAUUCAAAAUAAUUCAGAUUUUCCUCAUACUGACUUUUAGCUCCUCCCUUUGAGCCAGUUUUCAUUUGAUUGGUGGCCCUUCCCAACUGCAUAAGUAG